AUGAAAAAAUCUCAAUCAGUUAAUUAAAGCUUCAACCGAAAGAAAUCGACUAAGACUGUGAGAGACUACGACUUUGAUCCUGUAGGGGAGCUUCGUUAUGAAUUCAACAAUGAAAAGCAAAUUGAAUAUUUGAAUAAAAGUUCGUAUGCAGAGUAAUUUUUCAGAAAAAUGUUGAAAACUCUGGAUAAAGAUCAUGAGAAGUUCAAAAAGAGUUUGGAAACAGGAGAUGGAUCAAAGUAACUGAUAGAAUCUAAAUAUAGUAAAAACUACAGUGAUCUCUUCUACCCCUACAAAGUAUUCUCAAAAGAUGAAUUAAAAUUAGAACAUGGUGAUGGAGGUUCAACCAAGAGAAGAAGCAAGGAUAGAUAUGCUGGAAAUAACUUUCUGCAUGUUAAUUAAACAUAAAGUAAAGUUGAUUCUGGAAUAAGUACUAUCGAGUAAAUUGACAAAAUUAAAAAGAAAAAAGACUACGAAUAGUAAAUAAUUAAGGAGUAUAGACAUUCCAAGACUCAAAGACACUCGAGAAGGCAAAGCGUAAAUUUACUUCCACCUAUAAACGUUUAGAUUGUCAAUGACGAAAAACUAAACAAUGAUAGAUUUAAUCAUGAAGGUGAAGAUAUUAAUUAAAUCGGCAGAAAAGUAAGCAAAGAUUUUAAUAGAGUGUAAUAUGAUAACCUCGAUACAUUGGAAAAGAUGCGAUAGACAAUUGUGUAAAGAGUAAAGAAUAAAAACAUGGAGUACUAAUAAGAUGAAACAAAUGGAAAAGCCAAUGAAUGUUUACAAUCAAUACGAAAGUACGAUUAAUCUAUGCAAAAUCUUAAUCAUGAGCUUGGCAGAAGACUUUCAAAGCAAGAGAUUAUUUUAUCUAAGAUUAAAAGCUAAGCUUCAAGUUUUCAAAAUCAAAUUUCAAAGUAGUAGACAGGCAAGAAUCUAUCAAUGGCGAAAUCUUCAUUAUUCGAUAACAAAGCAAUGCAAGAAAAUUCUACAUUAAAUGAAGAUAAUUCUUAAAUAGAUAAGAAAAGCAUUAUUAAACAGAUAAAAUCCUACAGAGAUAUGUAAAAUGAACUUAAAAAUAUAAAUGAAAUCUCAGCAAACUAAUCAUCUAAUCUUAAUAAAUCACUUGACAAGAAAUGGUAGUUUUCAUAGACUCAACCUUAGUUCAAUUUUAAAAGGAUAUCGAAUCAACUCCAGAAAAAUAAUGAGCUGAAAGAAAAUCUUAAUCAUAUAAUUAAGCAACUUAACAAAAAAUAAGAUAAUAUAGUCAUUUCAUAACUUAAUAAAAGUCCCUACUAAAAACAAUAUACAAAAGGAUUACUCAACCAAAAGUUGUAGGCUGAUUAAAAGUAACAGUAAAUUGAAAAAGAGAUAAAAUUAUUUUCAAAGCAGAAUAGGCUUGAAGAUACGGUAAAUUAGAUUAUCAAAAGUUAAAGUAAAAUCUCCCGUAAGAAUGGCGGCAGUGGAUUCCUUGAAAUAUAAUCAGCUAGAGUUCAGUUUAGAGAUGAUAACCUAGUAACAAUGCUUGAGUACUCUAGAGACUCUUUCUGUACCGAUGAAAGCAUAAGUGACAGUGGGAAAAAAUAGAAAUCACCAAAGAAAGAAGUAUAAAUCAGAGAGGAAAAAGAUCCGAAUUUUUAAAGAGAGGCCAAGAAAAGAGCAUCAAUUCGAAUGCUGAAUUUUUCAGAAAAAAUUCUCAUGAUGAUACAAUAAAAGUCAUUGCAAAUUUAGGCAGAAUAGGAAGCAAGUUAGAGGGAGAGCAAAUUGGAUAGAAUUGAUUCUUAGUUUGAAAAGGAAACUAGAAGGUCAAUACUUAGAUAAAAGUAUACACAGCAGUAAAGAGAUUCUCUGCUGUUUGAUGAAAACAAUGAAGCUAUCAAGAAGUAAAAAAAUAAAAUAUAGCAAAGUAUUAGUGACUUAAACCAUGAGAAGAAACUUGAAGAUUAGAGAAUCUAAAACGAAUAUAUUAUCAACCAUAUAAGUGAAACCUUGAAAAGACUUGAGAAUUAGAAAUUAGAAUAAAUACGACUUAACCAUACCCUAUCAGUCACAGGGUUAAAAAAUAUGAAGAAAUACGAAUAUGCUUUUAAUAACUCUUCUAGAAAAGCAACUGAGACUCUAGCAAACGAAUUCCUAGAGACCAUUAAACUUAAUUAAAAGAAUAAGACUAGUGAAGUAGCUAGUGCAGAUAAUCUGUUCAAGCUUACCAAGGAUUUUAUGAAAGAUAGAGCUGAACCAAGAUCUAAGACCUAUAUAGGAGACAAAAACAAGAAAAAUUUAAAUGCAAACUUGUCAUUGGAUUUUCCAAGUCAAGACAACAGUUAUAACUCAUAAAUUAUUGCUGAGACCUCAUGGCUGAUGAACUUGUUAUCUCUUUUACCAAAAACACAAUAAACCAAGCAUCUCAUGAGGAGUAUCAGAAACCUUUAAUCUAAGUGA